GGGAGGAGUCAAUGUGAAGACCUGAAGAGAAACAAACAGAGAAUUGAGAAGAUGUGAAUGUUCUUGGUCUGUCUCCUCCCCUCUCACUGCAGACAUGAAACACUGGCUGAGAAACAUCCUGAUUCUGACUCUCUGGAUAGAGUGUAAAGGAGAAGACAAAGUGACCCAGCCAACAGGAGAUGUCACUGCUGUUCAAGGACUCACACUGACUCUACAAUGUACAUUUGAGACCAGCAGCACUAAUGCAUAUCUGUACUGGUACAAACAGGAAGUGAAUGAUUAUCCCAGAUACAUGUUAAAGAGACACAGAUCAGGAUCAGAAACAAUUAAAGCUCCCGAGUUCCAGGAUGACAGAUUUGACGCCGAGAUCAACCAGACCUCAUUUCCUCUGAAGAUCCAGAAGCUUCAUGUGUCAGACUCUGCUGUGUACUACUGUGCUCUGCAGCUCACAGUGAUGCUGGUUCUCCUUCCCCUGCUCAUUCUCCUCAACCUCACUCUGACCUUUGACACUGUCAACCACCACAUCCUCCUCAACUGCCUCCACACUGAUACCGGUCUCUGUCACACCACUAUGGACUGGUUCACCUCCUGUCUCUGCUCACAGUUCCUCUGCACUGCCCAUAUGAAUGCUCUGUUUAUCUGGGUGUUGUUGGCUGCUCUGUGCCUUGAAUGCAGAGGCCAAAAAGACAACGUGAUGCAACCACAAGGAGAUGUGACGGCUGCUGAAGGAGAGGCAGUAACUCUGGGCUGUCAAUACAACAGCAGUUCUCCCACUAAUUCUCUGUACUGGUACAAACAGGAAGGAAACAGUCGGCCCACAUUCAUCCUGAACCGACUCACACUGGACCAAGGAACCACAGCAGAGACGUUCAAGGAAAGAUUCACAUCCACACUGGAUCAAACAUCAAGAUCAGCUCCUCUGAAGAUCCAGAAGCUUCAUGUGUCAGACUCUGCUGUGUACUACUGUGCUCUGCAGCCCACAGUGACAGGAAACAGCAAAACUCUGAACAAAAACCUCUGGAGCAAAGACAAGACUGAGUGUGUCAGCCUGGGUAAUGCAGAGUCCUCAACAGCCCUGGUCACCUAUGGUGUCCCUCAGGGGUCUGUCCUGGUCCCACUCCUCUUCAUCCUAUACAUGCUGCUACUCAGCCGUAUCAUCAGCCGUCAUGGCGUCUGCUUUCAUUGUUACGCUGAUGACACAAAACUGAACCUAAGAGCUCACCUCAACCCGUCCUCUACCUCACCAUCUUCAUCUUCAUCAUCAUCAUCACCCCUUCCUCCACUCACCACCCUCACUACCUCUUGGUGA